AUGAAGGCAGCGAGACGGAAAACCUUCCUGAACCUGAUGAAGGAAACUAUAAGUCCGCAGAAGAUGAUAUUGACACACUCAGACAACAGGUGGAAGACUAUAAAACACGAUGAGACAGAAAUUAAAAGGAUCACAGAAGAUACAAGAAAAAUAAAUAUUAAUGAUGAAAAUAAUGAAGUACCGAAAUUAGUUGAAGAAACUGUCACUGAUGAUUUGAAAGAUAGUAGAAUGGAGGAAGUGGACGUGAACUCACAAAAAUACAGACUGAAGAUGAUUGAGAAGACUUUAUCAGAUGUUAGAACUAUGAGGUCAUAUACAUCCGCUAGUACCAUAGCACCAGAGGUAGUGAAACAACAGGUGAAGAAGAAUCUAGAAGCGAAACAGAAGAAGGCCGUGGCGAAGGGAGAAGCCAGCGCCGUGACCAGGCAGAGAAGAGACAAUAGGGAGACUAUUAGAGAAAGUCACGGGAUAUGGGGCUGGGACGAAUGA